GUUUUUCCUUUGGUGUUCUGAUUCUCCAGAUGUUUACUUCUCAGGUUUUCCGGUUGUAAAACAACAAAAGGGGAUAGAGGGCUGAAGGGCAAGAUCACCACCUAAUUUUAACUGAUUAGCUAUUGGUGUCCUUUUAAUUUUGGAUGUCAUAUUACACCAGUAGUCACAUUUCAUGCAAAGCUUGCCAGUUAACUGGUGUCAUUGUUGUGAAAGCUGUUCUGCUAUAGGGAAGAGAAUUUUCAGUAUAGAAGUCACUCGUGCACUUCAGAAGUUGGGAAAUAAACCACAAACUAACAGCGCAAUGCUAUGCAUGUUUACUCAGAAGUACGUUCCACUGUGUUUAAUGGGUCUUCCUUCAAGAGACCUGAGGAUGAGGCUGUUGUGGAUCUGGGAGGCACCAGCAAUGUUGUCAACAUUCAUUAUGAACCAGAAGAGCUUGAAGGGCACAGGACUUUGUAUGUCGGGGUACGGAUGCCUUUAGUGAGACAGGGCCACAGGCACCACAGACCUCAUGGACAGAAACACAGGAAACGAGACCGGGCGAAGGAAAGCACUCCAGAUCAAGAGUCUCAUGAUACCCCAUCUCAGCGAGUGCAGUUUAUCCUUGGCAUGGAGGAGGAUGAGGAGCACGUACCCCAUGACUUGUUCACAGAGAUGGAUGAAAUCUGCAUAAAAGAGGGUGAAGAGUCAGAUUGGAAGGAAACAGCAAGGUGGGUGAAGUUUGAGGAAGAUGUGGAAGAUGGAGGAGAGCGCUGGAGUAAGCCAUACGUGGCUACUCUCUCCUUGCACAGUCUGUUUGAACUGCGGAGCUGCAUCAUCAAUGGGAUCGUCCUUCUGGAUAUGAGUGCAAACACCACGGAAGACAUUGCAGACAUGGUUCUGGAUCAGCAUGAACCUAGUAGCGACUUUGAUGAAAUCACCCGUAAAAAAGUCUGGGAAGCCCUCCUGAAGAAGCAUCACCAUCAGAAUGAGAAGAAGACAAAAAACCUCCUCCCUAUUGUCCGCUCUUUCGGUGACUCUGGCCAGAAAAAGUCUGAUCCUCACUCGAUGGAUAAGACAGGAAUGCACACAUUGAAUCUCCAGCCUCCUUCACACUCCUUAGACGUAAGAAAUGGAUUGAGCCAUGAUACUACUCCAACAGACUUGAGCAAAGCAGAGCUUCAUUUUAUGAAGAAGAUCCCUGUUGGAGCAGAAGCUUCAAACGUUCUAAUCGGAGAGCUGGAUUUUCUUACUCGACCCAUCGUUGCCUUUGUGCGCUUAACACCAGCUGUUCUUCUCCAGGGUAUGACUGAAAUUCCACUCCCUACCAGGUUCUUGUUUAUCUUGCUGGGUCCGCUAGGGAAAGGACAGCAGUAUCAUGAAAUUGGAAGGUCAAUGGCUACUCUUAUGACUGAUGAGGUUUUUCAUGAUGUUGCUUACAAAGCCAAGGACCGCACUGAUCUUUUGGCUGGGAUUGAUGAAUUUUUAGACCAGGUGACAGUCUUACCACCUGGAGAAUGGGAUCCAUCAAUCAGAAUUGAGCCACCCAAAAAUCUCCCUUCCCAGGAAAAACGAAAGACGCCAGGAAUGCCAGGAUUCCCCAAUGGAAGUGUUUGCCAUGAUGAAGCUGAAGUUCACAGCGGGCCAGAGCUCCAGAGAACAGGAAGGCUCUUUGGUGGCUUGGUCUUGGAUGUGAAACGGAAAGCCCCUUGGUAUUGGAGCGACUAUAAAGAUGCUUUGAGUCUGCAGUGUUUAGCUUCCUUCCUCUUCCUCUACUGUGCCUGCAUGUCUCCUGUGAUCACCUUUGGGGGGUUGCUUGGAGAAGCAACAGAGGGACAAAUCAGCGCGAUAGAAUCCUUGCUGGGAGCCUCCAUGACUGGGGUGGUGUAUUCCCUCUUUGCUGGCCAGCCUCUCACGAUCUUGGGAAGUACCGGGCCUGUAUUGGUCUUUGAGAAAAUUUUGUUCAAGUUCUGCAAAGACUAUGACCUUUCUUACCUUUCCCUACGAACCUGCAUUGGCCUUUGGACCGCUUUCAUGUGCAUCUUGCUCGUGGCGACUGAUGCCAGCUCCCUCGUCUGCUACAUAACUCGCUUUACAGAAGAGGCGUUUGCCUCUUUGAUCUGCCUCAUUUUCAUCUUCGAGUCUCUAGAGAAAUUGCUGAAGCUGGGGAAGACCUACCCGGUCCAUAAGCACAACGAUCUUGACCAACUGAGCUUGUAUUACUGCAGAUGUUCAGUCCCUGAGAAACCCACCAAUGACACCCUGAUUUACUGGAACACCAGCAAAAUCAAUCCUUCCGCAGUUGCCUGGGCUAAUCUCACAGUCUCUCAAUGCCAGAAGAUGCUUGGAGAAUUCACAGGACCUACGUGUGGACACGAUGGACCUUUUACCCCCGAUGUCCUCUUCUGGUGCUGCAUCUUGUUCUUUUCCACUUUUAUCCUGUCCAGCUCGCUGAAGACAUUUAAAACCAGUAACUAUUUCCCGACAAAAGUACGUUCCAUGGUAGGCGAUUUCGCUAUCUUCAUUACCAUCGUUAUCAUGGUGUUGAUUGACUACUUAGUUGGAGUUCCAUCACCAAAGCUAAAAGUCCCCAGCAACUUCAAGCCAACGAGAGAUGACCGCGGGUGGCUCAUUAGUCCCAUAGGGCCAAACCCCUGGUGGACGGUGGUAGCAGCUAUCAUUCCAGCUUUGCUCUGUACCAUAUUGAUAUUUAUGGACCAGCAAAUCACAGCAGUGAUUGUGAACAGGAAGGAACAUAAACUUAAGAAAGGGUGUGGCUACCACUUGGACCUUCUUAUGGUGGGCAUCAUGCUUGGCGUAUGUUCAGUGAUGGGAUUGCCUUGGUUUGUUGCUGCUACUGUCCUUUCCAUCAGCCACGUGAAUAGUCUCAAACUGGAGUCCACCACAGCAGCUCCUGGGGAGCAACCUAAAUUCCUGGGCAUACGUGAGCAAAGAGCUACUGGACUGAUGAUAUUUGUACUAAUGGGCCUCUCAGUUUUUAUCACUGGUAUAUUAAAGUUCAUACCGAUGCCUGUCCUUUAUGGGGUGUUCCUCUACAUGGGUGUUUCUUCUCUGAGAGGAAUUCAGUUCUUUGAUCGCCUGAUGCUCUUUGCAAUGCCAACCAAACAUCAGCCAGACUUCAUCUACUUGCGCCACGUUCCGUUGCGAAAAGUGCACCUCUUCACUGUAGUCCAGCUGACCUGCCUCAUCCUUCUCUGGGUCAUUAAGGCAUCUCGUGCUGCUAUUAUCUUUCCUAUGAUGGUUUUGGCAUUGGUCUUUGUCCGGAAGGUCAUGGAUUUCUGCUUUGAAAAGCGGGAACUCAGCUGGCUUGAUGACCUCAUGCCAGAGAGCAAGAAGAAAAAACUGGAUGAUGCACAAAAAGUGGCAGCUGCAGAAGAGGAGUCCGAGAAGAUGGUGGAUGCCCCUCAACAGACUGUACUUGAAAUUCCUGUGCCGAGUGUAAAUUAUCUGACUGUACCCAGAAGUGAAGAACAGCUGCCACCAAGUGUUUCGCUGAAAAAUAACAGGCUUGAUCCUUCAGAAAUUAACAUCUCCGAUGAAAUGUCCAAAACAGCGAUGUGGAAGACCCUCACCAUGAAUACAGGAAAGCUCUAAAUCCAGAGGGAAGAAGCUUUGCCAUUCAGGCUUCUCGGCUUUGGACGAGGAGCAGCUGCACAAGGAGAAGACUCAGGGAAGAGCCAAGAUGUGCAGGCAGGGAAGAAAUACUUUUGCAAUGGAGAAAGAUGCAAGCAAACAAACUGCCCUGAUGCUUCAUACAAGUAACCGGGUUCAUAUUAAAGCCAUUCAGAAGUGUUUUGAUUAUCUUUUGUGUGCUUCAGUGGACAUUCUAAUUAUCUUCAAACCAGCAAAUUAAGACGCACAUGCAGUCAAUGAAAGUUCAGUGUUUAAGCCUCUCUGUGUGUGUGUGUGUGUGCACGUACGUGUAAGCGUGCACAUUUUGCUGUGUCGCAGUUUCUUACUUGAAGAGGGACUGCUAGUGUUACAUAGUUCUUUUCCUCUGUCUGCUUCUUAACAAUUUAAACUUUGAAUGUACCGCAACAGCAACCACAACUAUUUUGGGUUCCUUUUUCAGAUAGUAUUCUCCAUAUUUACUUGUUCUUUGCAAGUCUAUUAGUUGAUUAAGGGUUUUUAGUUGAGUUCUUACAUUGAAUCACUUGAUAGAGUUAUCACAGAAGCAACAGAUAAGGGAUAAUAUGUUAUAAAUACCUACAAGCAGUUGGGUGAAAUGACCUUGUGAACUGCUCAGUUUUAUUUUUUUAAAUCAAAUUGCUUAAAACCUGUUCAGCUCCAUUCGGGC